CCCUCUCUUCCCUUCAGGACUCAGCUUUCUUCUUCUUCUCCAAGCUGCUGCUCCAGCCAUGGCGGCCUCCAAGUUAUUCCUAGUCCUAGCCCUCUCCUUCCAGCUCCUCCAUGUCGCCCUGUGCAAGGGCUCCGCCACGACCGGCCUCACCUCGGCCCAGCAGUGCCGCCUCGACCGCAUCCAGGCUUGCCAGCCUACCCGACGCAUUGAGUCUGAGGGCGGUGUCACUGAGCUCUGGGACGAGGAAGAGGACCAGUUCCAGUGCGCCGGUGUUGCUCCCAUCAGGACCGUACUCCGCCCCAACACCAUAUCGGUACCCCAGUUCAUCAGUGCACCCCACCUCAUCUUCAUUGAGCAGGGUGAAGGCAUUCUCGGGAUCACCUUCCCAGGCUGCCCCGAGACCUUCCACUCCGGGCGCUCGGCUGGCAGGUCGAUCAGAGGCAGGCAGCAGAGAUGGGAGGAGGGAGAGUAUGGGCGAGGUGAGACCCCAGACCUGCACCAAAAGGUCCAUCGGAUUCGCCGUGGCGAUAUUAUCGCCAUCCCCGAGGGCACGGUCCACUGGUGCCACAACGACGGCAAUGAAGAGCUUGUGGCCGUCUCUGUAGCGGACCUUAACAACCAAGCUAACCAGCUCGACCAAAGGCUUCGAGCAUUCUUCUUGGCCGGAGGACAAGGGCGGCAGAGCCAGCAGCCCGGCCAGAGAGGAGAGAGGUUCAACAUCCAGAACAUAUUUCAACCCUUCGAUGACGAGCUCCUAGCCGAGGCCUACAACAUCCCGACUGAAAUUGCUAGGAACUUGAAGCGGGAUGACAACCGGGGUAUCAUCCUCAACGUCCAGGAGAGGAUGCGUGUGAUGGUCCCCGACGAGCAGCAGGAGGAGGAAUACUAUGAGGAAGAGGGGAGGAGACGGUUCCACCCCCGACGUGGAUACGGCUCUGACAACGGGUUCGAGGAGACCUUCUGCACCAUGAGGGUCAAGCACAACACUGAGACGAGGAGGGAAGCGGACGUCUACUCCAGGCAGGCCGGGAGGGUCAACAUCGUCAACAUGCACAAGCUACCGAUCCUCCAAUGGAUAGACAUGAGUGCCGAGAGAGGCAACCUCCUCCCGAAUGCGCUUUACACCCUGCACUGGUCGAUGACGGACCACAGGAUCGUGUACGUGACGGGAGGUGACGCUCACGUGCAGAUCGUGGAUCAGAACGGGCGGAACGUGUUCGACGAGCAGGUGAGCCAGGGCAGCAUGUUCGUGAUCCCGCAGUUCUUCGCCUCCGUGACACGAGCCGGGAGCAGCGGGUUCGAGUGGAUCACCUUCAAGACGUCGAGCCAGCCCAUGAAGAGCCCGCUCGCAGGAUACACCUCAGUGUUCCGGGCCCUGCCCAUCCAAGUCAUCACCAAUGCCUACCAGGUCUCUAACAGGGAGGCCCAGCAGCUCAAGUACAACAGGGAGCACCAGACCUUCCUCCUGUCGCCGAGCCGUCGAUCGAUCCGAAUGUCAGCCUAAGGAAGCCGCCCUAGGCCCAGGCCAAGGCCUAAGUAAAUUAUGUAGCGUUUCCCUUUUAAAUUAAUCUGUCUUAGCUAGCUAGCUAUCUAUGGACGGUACGUACAACUAUAUUAUGUAUGUAUGGUUUUGAGUUAGUACUCUUUUUAAGGGGCCACACUGCUAUGCCUAUAUGGUGAAAUAUAUAACAUAAAACCUUUGUUGUUUUGAGGAUAAUAUUUAGGAGAGAGUACUUAAGAAGUCAAAUGUACGAAGAAGAAGAGCUUUUGAGUUAUGAUCAAUAAAACACGUGGCCACUAAAUCCUUGUCUAUC